AUGACUUGGAACGAUAACCAUGUCAAAGGGGCUCUCGGCGAGAUUCCGGGAACACCAAACUCAAAUCAGCUUAUUCAAUGUCGUCGUGUCCGCCAUGUGCUCGAACAAUCCCACAAUCCGCAAGCAUCUCCCACGAGACUAGGAAGUCAUGGUUCUCCUCCGUUCACACCGAUAGCGAGAUUUGUGUCGCUUCAGAUAUGCAUAAAUUGCGCCGACCCAGUAACCGCAAGCCUCUGGAAAGAACACCCGCCUUCAAUUCAGCCUCGUAAACGGCUCGAGACCACCCUUCCCCUCUCUUCUCACGCCGACCGAGCUCUUGUUCCAACCCCCAAUGUCCCCUUCCCUUCCAAGCAUCCCUCCAUCAUCACCCUCACCUUGCACAACUUGAAAGCCCGACGAUGCAUCACCAUGCCCCUCUCCCCCAACAAACCGUCCCAUCUCCCCCCUCACAGCGGCCGCACUUUCCAAACCCUAUCGGCUCAAGCUCUUGAGAACCUCAAGCCCAAAAGAAGCCAGAUCGCCUGA